GGCACCGCGGAGCGCAGGGCGGGGGCCGAGCCUGGCUGGGCGGCGUCGCACCCGGGGACAGCUGGUCGGCGGCGCGCGGCUCGGCUCGGCUCGGCUCGGCUUGGCGGCCGCGGCUCCGGGGGGCUCGUGCGGCGGGGCAGAAGAGGCUGUAGACGCGGCCUGCGAAGAUGUCGGGCCAGACGCUCACCGAUCGCAUCGCCGCCGCUCAGUACAGCGUGACGGGCUCCGCUGUCGCCAGAGCGGUCUGCAAAGCCACCACGCAUGAAGUGAUGGGCCCCAAGAAAAAGCACCUGGACUAUUUGAUCCAGGCUACCAAUGAGACCAAUGUCAAUAUUCCUCAGAUGGCUGAUACACUCUUUGAGAGGGCAACAAACAGUAGCUGGGUGGUUGUAUUUAAAGCUUUAGUCACGACACAUCAUCUCAUGGUGCAUGGAAAUGAGAGAUUCAUUCAGUAUUUGGCCUCUAGAAAUACACUAUUCAAUCUCAGCAAUUUUUUGGACAAAAGUGGAUCUCAUGGUUAUGAUAUGUCUACAUUCAUAAGGCGCUAUAGUAGAUAUUUGAAUGAAAAGGCCUUCUCUUACAGACAGAUGGCAUUUGAUUUUGCCAGAGUGAAGAAAGGAGCUGAUGGUGUGAUGAGGACGAUGGCUCCUGAGAAGCUCCUAAAGAGUAUGCCAAUACUUCAGGGACAAAUUGAUGCACUGCUCGAAUUUGAUGUGCAUCCAAAUGAACUAACAAAUGGUGUCAUAAAUGCUGCAUUCAUGCUUCUUUUCAAAGAUCUUAUCAAACUCUUUGCUUGCUACAAUGAUGGAGUUAUUAACUUACUUGAAAAAUUUUUUGAAAUGAAGAAAGGACAAUGUAAAGAUGCCCUGGAAAUUUACAAACGAUUUCUAACUAGGAUGACACGAGUUUCUGAAUUUCUCAAGGUUGCAGAGCAAGUUGGCAUUGAUAAGGGUGACAUUCCUGAUCUCACUCAGGCUCCCAGCAGUCUUAUGGAGACCCUUGAACAACAUCUAAAUACAUUAGAAGGAAAGAAACCUGGAAACAAUGAAGGAUCUGGUGCUCCCUCUCCAUUAAGUAAGUCUUCUCCAGUCACAACUGUUACGUCUCCUAGUUCGACACCAGCUAGAACUACUGACACGUCCCCACCAGUUGAUUUGUUUGCAACAGCAUCUGCAGCUGCCCCAGUCAGUACCUCCAAACCAUCUAGUGAUCUCUUGGACCUCCAGCCAGACUUUUCCUCUGGAGGGGCAGCUGCAGUAGUAGCACCAGCACCAGCGCCUUCUUCUGGGGGAGCCACUGCGUGGGGAGACCUUUUGGGAGAGGAUUCUUUGGCUGCACUUUCCUCUGUUCCCUCUGAAGCACCGAUUUCUGAUCCAUUUGCAUCAGAAACUACCCCUCUUCCCACCACUGCUGAAAUUGCAACUUCUUCCGCUUCUGCCCCAACUACUACAACUGUCACUGCUGCCACUGCUGAAGUGGAUCUCUUUGGAGAUGCCUUUGCAACUUCUCCUGGGGAGGCCCCUCCAGCAUCCGAAGGGGCCACAGCAGCAGCUCUCCCCACCCCGGUAGCCGCAGCUCUUGAUGCAUGUUCAGGAAAUGACCCCUUUGCCCCAUCUGAAGGUAGUGCAGAGGCUGCACCUGAGUUGGACCUCUUUGCAAUGAAGCCACCUGAGACCAGUGUUCCUGUAGUUACCCCUACAGCUAGCACAGCCCCUCCGGUUCCUGCCACUGCUCCUUCUCCUGCUCCCACCAUUGCAGCUGCCACUGCUGCCACGACCGUCGUUGCCACCACUGCUACCACUUCUGCCAUCACCUCUACCACCACCUCCACUGCUCCUCCUGCUCUAGAUAUCUUUGGUGAUUUAUUUGAGGCUGCUCCUGAAGUCGCCGCAGCGGCUAAGCCAGAGGCUGCACCUAGCAUAGAUCUGUUUGGUACAGAUGCUUUCUCCUCUCCACCACAAGGGGCCUCUCCUGUGCCCGAGAGCUCUCUCACUGCUGACCUCUUAUCCGUGGAUGCAUUUGCAGCUCCAUCUCCUGCGACCACUGCCUCUCCAGCAAAGGCGGAGUCUUCAGGGGUCAUAGACCUUUUUGGGGAUGCAUUCGGAAGUAGUGCUUCUGAACCCCAACCUGCUCCUCAGGCUGCUUCUAGUUCAUCAGCAUCGGCAGACCUACUAGCUGGAUUUGGGGGUUCUUUCAUGGCCCCUUCUCCAUCACCAGUGACUCCAGCUCAGAAUAACUUGCUACAACCCAAUUUUGAUGUAGCUUUUGGAACAGUGCCCUCUACUUCAAGCAGCAGCUCCUUUGAUCCAUCAGUGUUUGAUGGUCUAGGGGAUCUUCUUAUGCCAACCAUGGCACCAGCUGGGCAACCUGCACCAAUCUCGAUGGUACCAACCAGUCCUGCAAUGGCAGCCAGCAAACCCCUUGGGAGUGAUCUGGACUCAUCUCUUGCCAGUUUAGUAGGCAAUCUUGGAAUUUCUGGUACCACAUCCAAAAAGGGAGAUCUUCAAUGGAAUUCUGGAGAGAAAAAGUUGACUGGUGGAGCCAAUUGGCAGCCCAAAGUGGCUCCUGCAACCUGGUCUGCAGGUGUCCCAGCAAGCACACCUUUGCAAGGAACUGUACCUGCAACCAGUUCGGGCCCUCCUGUUGCCACAGCACCAUCUGUGGGACAACCUGGACCAGGGUUUGGAAUGCCUCCUGCUGGUUCAGGCAUGCCUAUGAUGCCUCAGCAGCCAGUCAUGUUUGCACAACCUAUGAUGAGACCACCAUUUGGAGCCACAGCUGUACCGGGCACACAGCUUUCUCCAAGCCCUACACCUGCCACUCAGAGUCCCAAGAAACCUCCAACAAAGGACCCAUUAGCGGAUCUUAACAUCAAGGAUUUCUUAUAAACAAUUUAAGCUGCAAUUUUUGUGACUGAAUAGGAAAAAUAUUAAUGAGUUUGGAGACUUCACAAAAGAUUGAUGCUCAGAGUUUCAAAGUGAGCCACCAGUACCAAACCCAAUGCUUACUCAUAACUUCUCUUCCAAAAUGUGUAGCACAGCUGUGAAAGUGAAUAUUAGGAAUGUGUCCUACCUUAGCUGUUAUCCCUACUCUCAAAGCUGUAGUGUAUUUGGAUUAUUUGUGUGUUGUUGUACGAUGUAAACAACGAAUGGAUGUUGAUGAUGCCUUUUGUGCUUUUUCUGGAACUCACCUAUGGAUGGAUGCUGCAGCUGUUUGUGUGGUGAGCCAUUUGGAAAGAUGUGUCUGUGUUUUUGAAGGUUUCAAUGUAUAUAUACAACUUUUGGACAAAUCUAAACUCUCCCCCUAAAUUCUCUUUUCUUCUUUAUCUCUAUUACAAAUAUAAUGUGAUAAUAUCAGAUAGUAAGGAAAACACUUAAAUAUACAAAACAUUUUUUGGUGUGAAGUACACUUUUCCAAUCACAGGAACUUAAACUGUUGUGAGAAAUGUUUAUUUUUGUGACAUUGUAUAUGUUAAGAAAUUUUAUUUUAAAAAAAUGUAAAAUUUAAAUGUCCAUAAUAAAUAUUUCUCUUUGAAGCUACCUUCUCAAAAAUGAAAAAGCAUAUGGAAAAAUUCCAUAAUUCAUCACUGCUCUGUUGAAUAUAUAUAUUUUAAUUACAUUUGACAGGUUUUGCAUCUAAAUUAACCAAUUUAUUCAUUCUUGAUUAAAUGCACUGAAAAUUAAAAGGUCCAUUUCUAUCAAGUAUGUGAAAAUGCAAUUAGAGAUGUGCUAUUCAAGUGAUUUUGAAGAUAACAAGGUAUAUUUAUAAUUUAAAGAUUACUGCAAGUAAUUUAUUUUAUUGUGGGUUUUAUGUACAUCUGUUAAUUUAGUAUUUCUUUGUGUGUUCUAUAGACUAGUGUUCUUCCAUUCUUCAAUUGAGGUCAAAGUGGGUUUUGUUGUACCAUUGUAUUAGAAUUUAAACUAAUUCAGAGAAUUGUAUCCUUUGCUGUAUAUACCAUAUUCUUUAAUUUUUAAUUUGUUGUCAUACUGUCUGUGCUGAUGGCUUGGCUUAAGAUUUUGAUGCAUAAAUGAGGUCACUGUUGAUCAGUGUUUCUAGUGGCUUGGCAGCUCUUUGUAAAAGCAUAUUGGGUUAGAAAGGUGUUUACCUAUUUUUCAAAUUAUUUAAUAGAUGUAUGGUACCAUAAAAA